AUGGAUAACAUUGUGGACACGAUGAACAAAGCUUACGAGAACUUUGUUCUUGCCUCAGCUAGUGUUCUUGAGUCUAAGGAGAGUGCGGGCGGGAAGAAAUGUUCUCUCACUGAUGCUGCAUUGGAGAAUUUCAGGGAGAAAUGGGAAUUGUUUCGCGUGGCUUGUGAUCAAGCCGAGGUGUUUGUGGACUCAGUGAAACAGAGAAUAGGAACUGAAUGUUUAGUUGAUGAGUCUACUGGUUUUACAACUCCAGGAAACUCAGGCCAAGCAGCAGCUACUAGUGCUGCGACUAGUAACAUUGUAGGUUAG